AUGGCGCAGGAUCCUCGUGCGUUGCUGCAGAAGGCAGACAAGCUGCUCGCCAGCGCAUCUGGCGGCUUCGGCUUCUUUAACAACAAGGAGGACAAGUAUCAGAAUGCCGCCGACCUCUACAGUCAAGCCGCCAAUGCGUACAGGAUGCAAAAAAACAAAGCAGGGCAAGCAUUCGAGAAGGCCGCACAAGUCCAGCUCAACAACCUGAAGGACCCAGACGAUGCCGCAAACACCUAUGUCGAUGCGUUCAAGGUCUAUCGCCAGGAAAACCCCGAGGAUGCCGCGCGGUGUCUCGACUUCUCCAUCAACCAAUACUGUACCAAGGGCAACUUCCGGAGAGCAGCCUCGCACAAGGAGAACCUGGGCGACCUGUUUGAGAACCAGCUGGGCGACAUGAAGCGCGCUCUCGAGGCAUACGAGGCCGCUGCUGGGUGGUAUGAAGGCGAUGGAGCUGCUGCUCUUGCAAACAAGCUUUACCUAAAGGUCGCCGACCUCGCCGCCCUCGACGGCGAGUACCAGAAGGCCAUCGAGCACUACGAGAAGGUCGCGCAGCAGUCCAUUAACAACAACCUGAUGCGCUACAGCGUCAAGGAGUACUUCCUCAAGGCGGGCAUCUGCCACCUCGCCACCAACGACCUGAUCGCCACCAACCGGGCCCUCGAGAAGUAUCGCGACAUGGACCCGAGCUUCGGGACGCAGCGCGAGCACCAGCUGCUGGUGGACGUCAUCCAGACCAUCGAGAACGGCGACUCGGAGGGCUUCGCCGACAAGCUCUACGCCUAUGACCAGAUGAGCAAGCUCGACAAGUGGAAGACUGCUCUACUGCUCAGGGUGAAGGGCAACAUCGUGGAAGGCGGCGAAGGCGAGCAGGAUGAGUUCUCCUAG